GAAUGAUAUAGUCUUUACUCAGACAUCAUCACAGAGUUAGUGCUAAAUCAUUAUCAUCGCUAUGAAUACAGUAUAUAUGCGCGUGUGCAUGAGUGAGCGGAGCGCGCGCCCACGAAUGAGAGAGCGAGAAAGAGAGAGGGAGAGAGAGGGAGGAGGGCUCUGGGUGUCUACUAGGUUACUUGGUGACUUGUAAUUAGUCAGUCUCUUGUUGCUCGCCGCACUUGUCCACUCUGCAGCUCCACGUCCUCCUCUUCCUCCUCUUCCUCCUCAGGGAUCAGGAAACAGCCCGAGCCCACAGCAGCAGCAGCAGCACGAGCAGCACGAGCAGCAUACACUGCAGGAGGCCUGACCUCUCACCUGGAGACGUGAUGCGGUUCGGCUCUUUCUUCAGGCUUCAUCAUAUUUAAUAAGUCAUGUUUUCAGUCAGCUGAUAGUUGUUAUUGAAACAUUCUAGUAACUGCUGUGCUGAGUUCACGCGUCAGGUGGACACGCGCGCGCCACAACUAUAACAACAACAGAGUAACAGACGAUCAAGAAGAGAGAGAGAGAGAGAGAGACACAGACACAGAGAGAGAGACACGCAGACACAGACACAGAGAGAAAGACCCCCUGGACACCAGGUCAGAGAGACCCGGCCCCCGGUCAGAAACGAGGAGAGAGAGAGAGAGAGACAGAGAGAGAGAGAGCGAAAGCCAGAGAGAGAGAGAGAGAGAGAGAGAGAGACAGAGAGUGAGAGAGAGAGAGAGAGACAGAGAGGGAGAGAGAGAGAGAGAGGGUUGUUUUAAAGGCUGCAGGAGGAAUGAUGUCCUACAUUAAACAACCACAUUACGCGGUGAACGGGUUAACGCUGUCCGGCCCGGGCAUGGAUCUGCUCCACACCGCCGUGGGAUACCCCAGCACGCCGCGUAAACAGCGCCGGGAGCGCACCACCUUCACGCGCGCUCAGCUGGACAUCCUGGAGGCUCUGUUUGCCAAAACGCGCUACCCAGACAUCUUCAUGAGGGAAGAGGUGGCUCUCAAGAUCAACCUGCCAGAGUCCAGGGUCCAGGUGUGGUUUAAGAACCGCCGUGCCAAGUGCCGGCAGCAGCAGCAGCAGAGCACGGGCCAGUCCAAACCCCGCCCUCCUAAAAAGAAGGCGUCCCCCGCUCGUGAGUCCAACGCUGAAGCCAGUGCCCACGCCACCAGUGGACCUUACAGCCCUCCGCCCCCUCCUCCAGGCAACGCCAUCACCCCUAGUUCCAGCUCAGCUGGUGCCACGGUGUCCAUCUGGAGUCCAGCGUCCAUCUCCCCGCUGCCUGACCCUCUGUCUGUGUCCACCACCCCGUGUAUGCAGCGCACCACCACCUACCCCAUGACCUACAGCCAGGGCCCCGCCUACAGCCAGAGCUACGCAGGAACCUCCUCCUACUUCACUGGCCUGGACUGCAGCUCCUACCUGUCCCCCAUGCACCCGCAGCUGUCGGGCACCGGAGGAGCCCUGAGCCCCAUCACGGCCUCCUCCAUGGGCGGGCCUCUCAGCCAGUCCCCCGCCUCCCUCUCCUCACAGAGCUACUCUGCUGCCUCGCUGGGAUUCGGAGCCGUCGACUGUCUGGACUACAAGGAUCAAGCUGCCUGGAAGCUCAAUUUCAAUGCUACUGACUGUCUGGACUACAAAGACCAGAACUCCUGGAAGUUCCAAGUCUUGUAAACAACAGCGCGUGGGGCACGGGUGUGACGUAGAUGGAAGAGAAGUUGGGACACAUGAAUCAGUUCAUGUGUCAUCAACUCAAAUAAUCUUUGUUUUUGAAGUGAAUUCAUGUGUUGAUGCUUCUCUUGUAAUGAACACAUGAACACUGCGUUUCUAACUUCAACAUCAAUCAGCAGUGAAAUCAAACACCUUUAGAAUAAAAUCAUUUUACAACUUUUAAGUGAACAAACAAAAAAAACAGUCUAGCUUCUGGAUAAUGGAUAUUUUGUUUGUUCUUAUGUUUCUUUGGUUUAAUUGAUUUGAACCAGUUGUUUCAAAGUAUAAUGGUGAACUAAAUGUUCGCAGCAUACAAUCAAAAGGUUAAACUAAUGUGAUCCCACACUUGUGUAUUUAUUUCUUCCUCCUAAAGUUGGCCUUUGUACUUUGUGUGAUGUAUUAUUUCUCUUCUAAAAAAAGAAGCGGCUUCUCAUCAUCAACGUGAUUCAAAAAAGACAACAAAAAAAAGCGUUGAGACAAACUCAAAGUUCAUUUUCAGGCACUGACAAGAGACUGCACGAGCUCGCCAACACGUGAACACUGUAGCAGACAGAAGCUGAUGGUUCCAGCCCUGAUGGUGUGAUGGAGAAGAGAAGAGCUGCCCUUGAGCAUGGGAGUAGCAAAAACACCUGUGGACCAGGAUCAUUUCCACUUCAUUUGAACCACAAUGGUCACACUGUGCUUCUCCACGCUUCCCCGUGAGGAGAUGACUUCAUCUCACAUAACGUUGCUGUCAUAUGUGAUGGUGAGAGAGAGAAACUCUCUGCUGCUGCUUUCACUUCACUGCGCUCCAAAGAGAAUUCAGGGGGGCAAUAACAGUCAGUAACUACCGCUACACACACACACACACACACACACACACACAGCGUGUGCAGCAACAAAUGAAACAACACUACACGUGUGUACAAGUGAUUAAGUGGGAAACAGAAGUGCCAUUAACAUUCCAACCGUGUGUAAUCCUGAGGCUGGAAACACAUGAGUUCUGACUACAAAUGGAAUGAUGGGAUGCAGCGCGAGCUCGAGCCAGUAAAUAUGUGAUGAGCCCCACUUUAAUGUUUGAUGUUUGUAUGUUUUUCAUAUUCUUGAUCAAGAAGUUUCUUAAAAAAUGUUGUGAAUUUAAAUAAUAAUUGUGGACAUUUGUUUAGAGGUUGACAUUAUUGUCAGUGUUAUUAUUAUUAAUAUUAUGUUGUCAGCUGACAUGGACAUUGCUAAUAUUCUCUUUCUAGAAAACUGCCAACUUUUUAUUUUUCUGGUUUCUGCUUCUUGACUUUAUUAUUAUUAUUAUUAUUAUUGUUAUUAUUUUUUCAAACUCAGGGCUUUAUCCAACACAUGUAGCAGUGAUAGGAUGCUUCUUUAUCAUUUACUGUCAUUUUCCUGUUCGCAUUAUACUUUAACUUUCUCUGACUGAAUUAUUUUGUCUCCUGUGUUUGACCAGUAUCACCACGACCACACGACCAGCUCUGAUGUUUCUGACACAUUAAACACGUUCAUUAGAAA